CACUAUCGAAGAAUGGAGAACCAUUGCUUUUGAAUUUGAAAAAGAAUGGAACUAUCCUAACUGUGUAGGGGCAGUUGAUGUAUGGUUCUUAUGGCAAUAUGCGAUGCCAAGUACUGUUUCACGAUGGUCGAUAUAGGAAGUUAUGGCAGAGAUAACGAUGCGUCUAUAUUCAAUGAAAGUGAAAUAUACAACGCUUUUCAAAAUAAUUUAUUAAAUCUUCCUGAACACAAAACAACAUCAUCGAAAUCGAAACUUCCACCAGUUUUAAUUGGAGAUGACAUUUUCGCUUUGAAACCCUGGCUCACGAAACCAUUUCCUCUUAAAUAUCUAUCAUUUGAAGAAAGAAUAUAUAACUAUCGUCUAUCAAGAGCAAGAAGAACAAUUGAAAAUACAUUUGGUAUUCUUGCAGCAAAAUGGAGAAUAUUUCGACGACCAAUAAAAGCUAAACCCACAAAAAUUGAAAGAAUAAUUAAAGCUACUGUUUGUUUACACAACUACCUACGUUUAACAGAUGGCCCAAAAUAUACUCCUUCUGGUUUUGUUGAUUGUGAAUCGAAUUCAGGUGAAAUAAUACCUGGAGAUUGGAGAAAGGAGAUAAUUAGUAGUUCAACUUUUCAACCUUUACAGAAAUCUAGAAGUAACCGCUCAACAAAUGAUGCUAAUUUGAUUCUUUUGCUGAAUAUUUUACUAGCACUGAAGGAGAAUUAUCAUGGCAGAAAGAUUAUGUUACGUCGUGUGGACACAACCCUGUCAAUAAAAGAAUUUUUUUCAAUAAUAUCUGAACAAUUUGAAUGAACAUUUUCAAAAACUUAUAGAUAACUUUGUGUUUUUAAUAAAUAUUAAUAUACUGUAAUUGAAAAAAAUAAAAUGUUUAAUUUCCCGAAA